AUGCGCCCUACCCCUAAGCCCUCAUUUCUGCUCUUGGAAGUUGACAGCCCAACCCUACCCUCCUUGUUGCGCCCCAGAUGGUCGAAACUCGAGGCUCGCGCUCGUCUUUCGACGCGGCAUCUGGCCUCCCUCCUUUCCCUGACGAUGAAGGCGACUUUGCCAUGGAUUGGCGGCUCCCAUCAAACUUACAACCAGAAGCCUGCGCACCUAUUAGACGAGGAUGAGCAUGGUUCUCCUCCCGCAGCAAAAAAGCGCCGGAUGGGCUCCGUCCCUGACGAUGACCUCGCCAUUGAUCCUCAAUUCCAAGGCUCUGACCAGCAUGGUCCUGGUCAUAAGUUUGAAGAGGAGCUAGCGACUGCUUUGGCUGAAGGAACCGCCCACGCGCUGCCACCGACCGACGGUACUCAUGAUAAUCUCGGAUCCGACCCUUCGGCGGCUGCCACAACUGCCCAAGACGCGUCCUCAAACUCCAAUCCAGACAUGAAUUCAAUCAUUUCGGAAAUAAUGGAUCACACCGAACGUCAGGAGGAAACUGUGGCGAUGGGUCCACAGGAGAUUCCUCCGUCUGGGGACUUUCCGGGCGCCAAAGGUUACGCAUUUUUGAAAGCCAACUCUCAUUUGAAGAUCCAGAGUUUGCCCAUCCUGGACAAUCUGUCGACUCAAAUCCUUUCGUUCCUGUCUAAGAAUAGCUAUCAAGAUCUCACAGCUAUGGUAUCCGAGCCCGACUCUGAGAAUGGCCAGGCAUAUGCGACUAUGCGCUCCUUGUUUGACCAUACCAAGAGAGUCUACACUAUCAAGCACUCCUUCCUGCAGCCUACCGAUCUUGAAAUCACCGAAUCUUCUCAGCUCGACGUGAUUCGCAAGGCCAACCUAGCUUCUUUUGUGUCGAGUAUCUUUGGCUCUCAGGAAAUUGGUUUCGCGGAACUGAAUGAGCACUUCCUGGACGUCUUUGUUCCAGAAGGUGGUCGCUUGUUGAAGGUCCAGGGUGCUUUGUACCUGGAGCUCAAGACCCAGGCGUUCAUUGCUGCGAUGAAUAACAAGUCGCGCACCCGCACCCAGCUGUUGUACGAGCUAUUUCCUGAUGAUAUGGAGCAGCGGCUGCUGGCAAGACGCCCCGGUAUCCGGCAGCUGGCCCCCAGCGAAACUGAUUUCGUCAACCGACUCGCCUCCCGCCGGGACAUCCUUCUCAAUGACAUCAACAACGAGGAAGCAUUGAAGGCGCUCCCUGACAAGUACCAUUGGGAGGACUUUCUUCGUGAUCUGAGUUCUUACAUUGCCAAGAACUUCGACGCCAUCAAUACUCAACAGGGAAAGAAGCCUGUCAAGGGUCGUCAGCCAUCCAGCUCCAAUGGUGAUACACAGGAAGCUCCCAGUACUACCCACCAGGGCCAGUUCGCUGUCAAUCAACAAGUUGAGGUGCCAGUGGACCGGAACAUGCAUGGUGACCUGGUGGCUCGUGCUGCUCGUGCUGCCCAAAUUGCUCUCCAGGGUCAUGGUCUUCGACGUUCCCAGCAACAAUCUCAGAUGCAGCAUCAGCACCAACAACCACAGUCACAGUCCCAGGCAAGCCCAUCGCCAUCCCUGGCUCCUUCGCUGCCAUCCCACCAACAUCAACAGCCCCCUCAAGCACAGCCCCAGCAUACUGGCCAUGCCGACAACCAGUAUCUCCACGGGUAUACUGCCGCACAGCAACCCGGCCAGCCCGGCCAGCAGCAGCAGUACCAUCAUAGCCCCACCCCGCCUGGUGGGUACCAGCAGUCUCCUGGAGGCUUGACAUUCCAGCAGAGCCCACUGCAGGCCAACUUCCAGCAGUACAACCCCAACGCCGCGCAGGUCAUCCAAGCACGCGCCAAUGGAAUGUCCCCAGGCAACCACGGAUACAUGCCGGGGAUACCCCACUACUCUCAAUCGCAGCCCACCCAGGUCCUCUAUGAGCGAGCUCGGAUGGCUGCGUCUGCGAAGUCCUCCCCUACCAGCCGGAAGUCUGGUUUGCCCAGCCAACGCCGCCCUUGGACCACUGAGGAGGAGAAUGCCCUGAUGGCUGGACUAGACCGCGUGAAGGGACCCCACUGGAGUCAGAUUCUCGCUAUGUUUGGACCUGGUGGGACCAUCAGUGAAGCCUUGAAGGACCGCAAUCAGGUCCAGCUCAAGGAUAAGGCCCGCAAUCUGAAGCUUUUCUUCUUGAAGAGCGGAAUCGAGGUGCCAUACUACUUGAAGUUCGUCACUGGCGAGCUGAAGACUCGGGCCCCGGCCCAGGCUGCCAAGCGCGAGGCUCGUGAACGGCAGAAGAAGCAAGGCGAGGAAGAUAAGGCGCACGUCGAGGGGAUCAAGGGCAUGAUGGCUCUGGCUGGGGCUCACGCAUCCCCAGUUGGAGGUCAUGAGAUGUCGGCUUCGCCCAGCCUGCCUCCAGAUGCCAAUGCUCAAUCAAUGUUCGACCAGACUGCAGAACAGAAUCUGAUGCAGACGCUGAGCCAGGAGGUCCACGGCAGCCAGUACCCGCAGCAGCACCCUCCGCCCACUCCGGAUCAUCACAUCGAUCCUCACAUGCAACUGGGCCAGUAG